GGAUCAGUCUUGUUUUCAUCUCGACAAGAGCCACAGCGCACCAUGUUCUCUAAGGUUGUUCUGUGCUGCCUUCUGGCCAUUGCUGCCUCUGCACCAGUUGAGGAAUACCCACCUCAGCCUUACUCCUUCAGCUUCGACAACACCGACGAGUACGGCACCCGACUGACCCGUGAGGAGACCGGUGACGCCAACAACAACAAGGUCGGCUCCUACAGCUACACGGACGCCACUGGCAUAAGCCGUACCGUUAAGUACACCGCCGAUGCCGAGGGCUUCCACGUCACCGUCGAGACCAACGAGCCAGGUACCAAGAGCUCCAACCCAGCCGAUGUCCUGUACACCUCUAGCGCUGUCGACGUGGCCCCAGCCCCCGCUGCCCCCGUCGUCGCCAAGCCCGUUGAGGUCAAGCCCGUCGUCGCCAAGCCCGUGGUUGUGCAGGCGGCCCAAGCUCCAGUCGCAGUGCACGCUGUUCACGCCGUGCACCCUGUUCAUGCCCUGCACCCAGUUCAGUACGCUGCCCCAGUUGCCUUCGCCACCGCCCACCACGUGACCCCAGUCACUUUUGUCCACCAAGCUCCCUUCACCGUCGGCAAGGCCAAGGCUUAAGCGAAGAAUCUUCAUAGAUCGCAGGCAAAAAGUCAACCGUACACAAACAACCCAACCUCACACGCACAGGUGGCUGUUGCAUUAAGACCCGGCUGUACCAUCGAUCGCUCAUGGCUGACGAAAUGGCAUCGGGACUCUGCAGUUGAAACUUGUCACUUACUUAUCCUGUUCUACACUGUUAAUGUUUAACGAAGAA